UCGGUCAGAAAUAUAGAGUAAUGAUGAAAUCGAGAAACAUCUAUCUGUAUUCGAUUUGAGUUUAAUAGGUUUAAGUCUAGGGAAUUUCUUUUGCACAGGUCAUCUCUUCGAAUUUACAUGUUGAUCUUUUUCGCUUAGGGCAUGUCACCGUUAUAUUCGAAAAUCCGUUUGAUUAUCAUUUUAAUCACACAAUAUUAUAGGCAAACACCAUAUGACACAAAGUGUAUAUAAACCGUUCACACAAAUCGAAAAUCUGACUGAUUCCAAUUUAAAUUCGAGACCUGUAAAUUAUUCCAAUUCACUCGAAGUGUUCAAAAUGAAUAAAUUAUCAUUAAUAUUUGUUCUUGUUGCUCUGGCAUCGAUUUGCUCGGGUCGGUAUUUGCCAAAGAAAGAGUACGUUAAGCAUACAUCAGAAAAAUGGACGGAAACGGCGAAGAAGAUUGGUUGGGAUGACGAACAAACCGCAGCUGUCGUUGAUUUAAUGCAAUUCAUUCAGGAGCAUGACAUCGCAUCAGCCGAAAUGGACACAAACACUGAAUGGAAACAGUCGAUGUUGGACAAAUGCUUGGAAUUGGCAGAUCUCGACCAAAUCAAUGAGCUCAACGAACAUGUUGGAGACAAGAAAUGGGCCGAUGUGAAAAAUGCUGAUUUCACAACGAAAUGGGAAUUCUGGAAUGACAAAUACAUGACAUGGAGCUGUGAACAUAAAAAAAUGAAGGCUUUGAAAAACAUGUGCAUCGUUGUCACUGAAGAUGCAAAGAAGACGCAAUGGAUGGACAAUGCAAAGACGGCCGGCUACAAAGAAGCACAAUGGAAACCAAUCGCUGAUUUGGUUUGGGAAAUGAGCACUGCCAACGCGACUGGAGUGAAAAAAUCGAUUUUGGCCGAUCAUUGUGAAAUGGUGAAUGAUGACGGCAAUAUGUUUGAAGUUAACGAAAAGCACACUUCAAAUGAAAUGAAAUGGUCAGAACAAGCCGACAAAAAUAUCACCAUGAAAAUGGAAUUCUGGUGGAACGUCACUGAACAAGCUCAAUGUCCAAUUGCCAGAAUGAAGGCUUUGAAAAACAUUUGCGUAGAAUUCAUGUGUCCAGUGGAACGUAGCGAAGUUGAAGAAUGGGCCAAAGACGCUGGUAUUGUUGAAGACGAUAUCAAAGCUGCCGUUGAUAUGGAAAUGAGAAUGCGUUUGGUUCGACCAACCGAACAACAACGAGACAUGAUUAUGGAGAAUUAUGAAAAACUCGGCGCUAACAAAUACGUGAUGGAGCCAGCAAUGACCAAGGAAGAAAUUGCCGAAGCCACUGAAUUGGAGAAUGGAUGUUUUGUGAAGAAAGUUCACUUCUGGGCCAAGAAAUACCACCAAACCACCGGUGCCGAUCAUAUCAAGUGUUUGAAAAAUAUGUGCGUUAUUAUCUCGCUGGAGAAAGAAAAGAAGGAAAUGAAGAAAGACGAGUAAAGAGAUGGUGCGAUGAAUCCAUUCGCUUAAUAAUUGGCUAGAACUAAAAUAAAAGAAUGGAUCGACAAUAUAGGAAUCGAUUAGAUUAUUGAGACCAUUGUACUGCUCCCAUGUUCAAUAAAGUGAUAUCUCGUAGCAAUGAAAAA